UAUAUGCAGUAUAGAAUGUUUAUUGUUGUUACCAAUCAAUUGCCAUCAUCUGACUAAAAUUAUAUAUAGACAUACACACUCAUCGCCAUUGGAUCUUGCACAAGAACACAUUGUGUACUGGUGUGUGUGAUACAAAUAACCGGUAAAAUAUGUAUUAUUAUUAUUGGAUACCCAUAUAUGGACUUUUUCAUGUGCUGCUUUUCUUUUAUAACUUAAUACGCGGUACUUUCAGUCACGCGACAUUCUUCUUUGCUUACCUGUUUGUUGCUUGCGGCAUAAUUUUUACAAUAACAUCAAGAAUAAUACCAAUUGUGGUAGAGUCUGUUGCUAUUUUAUACUGGUUUCGAUUAGUCUACGUUAUAUGCAACUCAAAGUUAUGUACAAGAUGGCCAACUUUUAUGAGUGUGAUAUUGAUUUAUUUUAUCUUCUUGGUCAUUCCAUCUGGUUUUCAACUAAGCAUAGCGAUUUUUCCAAAUAUUGACAGUGGCUUUGAGAAGAGUAUUCUAUUUUACAAGGGACAAAGGGAUAUAGGCAACAAUUUUCAAAUGCAAAAGAUGAAAGACCCGUUGCUUUUACCGAAAGAACUGUUUCAUGGCAAUCAGACCCAGUUUUCCUAUAUUGGCCACGAUGUUGUAUUUAAAUGUGCAGUGUUGCCGCUUAAUAGUCAAGACCCCGUUUGGGUCAACACAGAAGGAAAUAGAACUUUAGUAACCUACAGCGAACUGAAAACAUUCAAUAUUACCAGUGAGUUACUGAAACGCUACGCUAUUGAAAGAGAGUUACUGAAUUCUAAUAUUAUAAGUGACUUACUGAAAUACAAUGACAGAAGUGAAUUACUGAAACACUACUAUAACACAGGACAGUUUCUAAUGUUCAAUAUCAUAAGUGACUUACUGAAAAACAAUAAUGAUACAACUGAGUUAUUGAAUGAAAUACUGGAGUUGCGGACAUACACUGAUUUAGAUGAGUCACUGAAUGAUACAAUUGAUUCACUGAAAUUGGAAUACAAUUUAACUAGUGAGUUAGUAAUAUAUAACAGUUCAAGUUCGUUAGAAAUUCGUGAUAUCGAGGAAAGAGAUUUCAAAGUUUACCACUGCCUCAAUAAUCUUUCAAAUACAUUAACGUGGCAGGACUUUCAUCUCAAGAAACUGGAAUUUGAAACGGUUGAUGUAUACGCCACACCGGGAACAUUAAUAUUUAUGGAAUCUUACUACCGACAUUUAGACAACAAUGAAGAUAUCACUAUAUAUCAUACAUUAAAUGGUAAAAUAAUAACUUUCGACGAUUAUAAAUGUCCGUAUCUUCUUUUAUAUUAUCAUUACUCAACUAGAAGUAUAUAUGGUUCAUGGUUGCUUUUUAAAUCAUUAUAUCAUGUUGAUCAAUAUCAAUAUCCUGGUUAUAAUCCUAAUAAUUUAGGCAAAUAUCUGGCGUCAUUUUCCUCUUGGUGUAUGACACCUGAAUUAUACGGAUUACAUAGUACAGUUGUCGUGCGGCGGUUCCAAAAUACAUCAGGUUCUUUAUGUUCAGUUAAACAUAUCAAUCAACCCCUGUCACUGAACAUAAAAUACACAGAAUCGAAUUUGUUUGAAAGUGCUGGAAGAAAUUCCGAGUCUGAUUGCUGGGGAUUAGAAGGAGAACCAGAUUCUGAACUAUGCGCCGUUACUAAACGUUUGUUGUACAAAGAUGCUAACCUUAUGUAUAAAACAGACAGGGAUUACAUUUUGGGUAUGCUUGUUUUAGUUAUUCUAUUCCUUAUAUUCCUAUGGUAUGUCUAUAACAUAUGUACGGGUGAAAUAGACAUGGAAACUCUAGCUGGUAUAUCAGACAGGAGGAAUGCUGAAGAAAAAUGUUACGUAUUUAUUUCAUGUGUUCAACAGGAUUACCAAUUUGUGCGAAAGAAUAUAUUACCACUUUUAGAAAAUGAGCUUCGUCGCAAGGUUUUCCUUCCUAUACGUGAUGUACAACCAGGUCGACGGAUACUGACCGAUACUGAUGAGGCAAUAAGAGAAAGCACGUCGUUUCUUGUGGUGGCCAGUCGGAGGUAUAUUAGAGACUGGAAAUUGAAUGAACUUGAAAUUCACAUGAUUUUACAAAAUGCUAAUUCACGUAAUCUGAUAAUAGUAAGACUGGAUGAUUGUUAUAUUGCUGAUAUCUUUAAUAAGAAAUACCAAGUUAUAGAUUUUAGAAACCAACACAACCGUUUUCAAUUACAUAAGAUACUAAAGAAAUUACCGUUAUACAGAUCUCCAUUGAUGAAACGAGUAAAAAUGGCACUUCGCAUCCUCAAUCUGUGUGGAGGAGUGUUCACAAUUUUUCUGCUAUUUAAUGACACAUACUAUAUAGUUUUUAGAUCCCUAGUUUCAAUUAUCAUUACAGGCCCAAAUGGAUCAAUAAGGUAAACUACAGAUCAUGUGUGCUGGACUAUGUACAAUCAUGUCCUUUUUACACGUCCAUAUUGUCAUCCGUCCGUUCAAAUUUUAUUUGCGGACACUCUACAAGUCACAGUUUUAAUCCGAUUUUGAUGACACUAGAAAAAAUGGGUUUAUUUCCCAAAGAUCUCAGUUCAUGUCGAUAUUAGCGCAAAUUGGACUAUAUCUUCAUGGAUUAUUUAUGACCCAGAUCGCGGAUUUUAGGUUGUGGACCUUCCAGAGCUCACAAUUUUUAUCCGAUUUUAAAAUCGUUCCAAUAUAUUGUGCGACAAAAUGACCGCUCCUUGUACGCAAAUAUUGUAAAAGUAUGUAAUACCAAGUGACCCUGAAAGGAUGCGUCUUUCUGUUUCGCUUGAACAUGAAUAUUCGUAAAUAUUGAAUUUAGCAGUGUAAACAAACUAACUGGGUUUUUAAGGUUAACAUUAAGGUUAAAUCAUUUCGACACUAACGGGUUUACACAGGCGACCCUACAGUCAAUAUAGUUUUGCCGUCCAUACACGUAAAAAGUAAUCGUUUCAAAACGUUUCCAUGCCUUACUUUAGUUAAAUCGAGUGAUCUGGCGUUUUUGAAUAAGAAAUCCCAAACGCAUGUUAAAUUUGCCAAUCUGGUAUAAUAGCAAUAAAUGGAUGUACGGAUAAUGCGUCAACUUUUCAGUUUUCAAAACCAAGUUGGUGCAUUAACCGUUGUGACAAGAAAAUACAACUGAUGAUAACAAUAACACGUCGUUAUAGAAACACUAUCAGACGGAAGUAGAGCAUACAAUUACCUUGUGGUCAAUUAUUAAUUAUAUUACAUUUAUUUAAUAUCAGAAAUGAAACCAUGUUGUAUUAUUACGCCGUAAUAAUGGUUUUUUGGGGUUUAUUACUUGUUGUGCAAGAUACGAAUUGCCAGAGAGCAAUGUUGUGACCAUAAAACUGUACGGCGUAGUUAAAACGUUACUAGGUGCAUAAUUAAUAGGUUGCUGAUGGAAUUGUUUCAUUUACCCCCGAACGAAACUCUAACUAAUCUACAGCCUAUUGGCUACUUUGUGUGUUUGUCAGGUAAAAACUUGUAUAGUAAGGUUGCAAAGUGGAAAUAGGCUGAAUUUUAUUAUUAUGAAGCGCCACAGAUUAAUAGUAAGUGCUGGAGGACUACACUACGCGCUAAGCAGAACAAACGAGACAAACUAUACAGACGUAAAAUCAGGUGAAUGCAUCAUAUAGACAUGAUAAUUAAUCAACGCAUAGUGUAUAGUAAGAUAAAUAAUGGAAAAAUUUGAACGUUUAGCCUUAAUAGUGCUUCAAUCAACUAAUCUCGGACUUCAGUAUAUUUUAUUCUUUAUUAAGUUUUGUAAUCUUUAAUAUUGUUUGAAUAUUUAUUAAUCAUUUACUUGAUACAAUUUCAUAUUGUAAAUAAUGUAC